GUGGGUCUGAAGUUUCAAUUCUUCCUGCGUACAAUCCACAGGGACUUGGUUUCAGCAAGCUGCCUGGAUUGCAUUGGAAAUAUGCCUCACUAGAGACAGUUUUUUUCAAAACUGAUUUUAUUUUUUAAUUUAAUGAUCUAUAUAUUUAACUAAUAUUUUAUCUACAAAAAUGAAGAAAAAUAGUUCCAUGCAGGGGACCCUGAAUAAACUCUUUGGAAAGAAGAAUUCCAAUAAUAAUUCACUUUAUGCAGACAAUCCACCAUGGAUUCUAACACAGGGAACAAAGAAAAGCUCUGAUGAUUACCAUGAUGGAACAUUGAACUCCUUUUCAUUCCUGGAUGACUCUGGAACGGCGACCUUGAAAGCUCGACCUGGACCUCGUGUCCGACCUGUUCUCCAGUUCUCAAAUAGUAAUACCGAGACACAGGGAUUGGCCGUACCAACACCAUCUGUACCAUCUGUGUACUCUGCUGCUUCAGGUAAUGGUGUAAAAAUAAACGGAAAUUACAGAAUGUACAGUUCUGUUGGGGAUUUGAGGUCAAGUGACUAUUCUGAACUUGAAGAUGAAGAAAUCCCUGCACCACCUUCUAUGCCACCACCACCACCUCCUCCCUCCAUGCCCCCACCACCUCCACCACCACAAGAAAAUCCACUUUCAUCUACAGUGUCAUCUCCAGCUUCCCCAAGUCUACCAGACUUUAUACCACCAACACCAAACACUUCUGCACCCAAUCCUAAUCAUCCACUUGCUUCUCCUACUUUUGCACCAUUUGGUGACCAGCAACAAAUGCAAAAUGCUUCAAAAUGGAAAUCUGAAACUGUUCUUAAUACUUUGCCUUCUGAUUUACAAAUGGGUUUACCAAAUCGAUUUUCCUUAAACCCUGAUUUAUUGCACAAAAACAAGCAACAGAUGGACAAGUUUGAUACUGAUCCCCAUUCCACAUUACCAAGAUCCUUUAAGGUUCCUCCUCCUGCACCAGCUAGAAUAUCCUCUAUACAACAGGAACAAAUGUUCCAGCCCAAUGACCAGCGUACAAGUGCAGUUUACGCAAGUGAUCCUCCACGAUCACCAAUACCUUCAAGCUUUAAUCCAAGUGUACAAGCUAAGCUUUUUACAACUAAAGAGCAGAAAGAUAAAUCUUUAUAUGAUUCAAUAAACAAAAGGAAAUCUGUAAUAAUAAUGGAAGAUCUAAAAAAUGCUGCACAAAGCACUGAUCUGGAAAAUACAGUGGAGAAUGUUGGUAGUAUUAAUGCAAGUACUGAAGUAUAUGGAUCAGUUACACAAAAGCCCAAAGCUGAUGUACCCAUGCAGUCUGAAGUAGUUGUAGAGAAAUCUGGGGGUAACAAAUCAAAUUCAAUUGGUCAACAACAAGGGGAUAGAGACUUUUUUAACAAGUCCAUUGGAUUUAACAAUAGUGACCAAAGUCAGUCCAGUAAAAUAAAUAAAAUUAAAAGUGAGCUUUCAUCGGUCUCUAGCAAAAAUAACACUACAGAAUAUAAUAAAAUACCAUUUAACAAAAAUAGCUACCAUUCUGAGACAUCCAAAGGUUUAAAGCCCACCAUAAAGAUAAUCUCACUAAAACCUUUAUUGGGAGACAGUGAUGCAUCGAAUGCUGGUUUACAGUUUAAGAAUGAUACUUUUACAAGAAAAAAUAUAGAGAUUUUCCAUAAUGAGCAGACAGAGAUGGAAAACAAAGUUUAUUCUAAAUUCACAAAUGAUUCAGAAAGUUAUGGGAUGGAGGCUCCACCAUCAAUUGCACCUCCACUGGUCCCAAAUAUGGUGCUACCAAAUCCUCCAUGUAUGCCUCCGCCUCCGCCACCACCUCUUGCAACUGCAUCAUCUCCAUCUAUGGUUCCACCGCCUCCACCACUACCGCCACCAAAGGUACUUACAAUGCAGUCCCCAUCUCCACCGCCUGCACCACCUGUAAUAGUUCCCUCAUUAAAUACACCUAGAGCAUCACCAUUGAUGUCUCCUAAACUUAAAGCUCUCCCUGCUCAACCAUCUUCACCGAUGAAGGCCCCAACCACUUUACCUCCAAAAGCACCUCCAGCACCACCUCCAUUGCCCCCACCACUUCCACCUAAUCAAACUCAACAGCUGCCAAUAAUUAAGGCAUUACAAGCAAAGGAGGAGCAUCUUAAACAGACCUCACAAAAGGAGAAACUUGUGGAAAUUAAGCCUGCUCAACCAAAUUUCCAGCCCACUGAUAAUGAACAGAAGAACAGAGUUGGCAAAAUAAAGAAUGAGCUUGAAGCCUUCUUGGCAUCACAGAUGAAAGAUGAGAAGAAACUAGGAGGGCUUAAAAAUUCUCCUCCUGAAGCAAAUAGAAAAACUUCAAAUGUAAAUGCUGCACCAUUUAAAGGAGGGGAAAAUACGAUUGUGAAUUCCUUAAUGAUGAAGGUUCCUCUUUUACCUGUACCUCCUGAAAAAGAAGAAACAGAUGCAGAUACUUCUGAUUGGCUUCCCAAAAGCAAAGAGAUUGAAAUUCCUGAACCUGACUACAUGCCAAUACCAAAUAAACAGGAUACUAAACUUAAAGAUCUUGCACCACCUGUGAAGAUCACUAAACCAUCUGUUCCAUUACCUGUAACUCCAUCCACACCAAUAUUUAAAGAAACAACAAAUGUACACCAGAAUUCACCAAAUCCAGUGCCAUCUUAUAAACCUCACCAAGAAAGAAAAGCCAAUGCUGGCAAUUUUACUUUUGAACCAGUAUCUUUUGUUACACCAAAUCCAGAUCCUAUUGUAUUAAAAUUAGAUAACCCACCAGAUCCAGUAGAAAGUAAGUUAUUGGAAUCUCCUGUCAAAGAAGAGUCACAUAUUUCACAUCAAGACCGUUUAAUCAAUGAUCUUGUAACAGGUGAAAAGAGUGAACCUGUGUCUCCAAUGGCACUACUCAUGGCAGCCAAGCAACGUACCCAAAAGGGAAAACAUUCAGUGUCUUUGGAGCGUGCUAGUUUACCAAAAGUGUCUGUAACUAGUGAAUCUGUGUCUGGUUCUUUCAGUCAUCAAUACAAUGAUACACAAUCAAACUCUUUCACUGUUGUACCUAAAUUGCAACAUAAUUUGUCAGAUGAUAGAAAGACAGAUCAGGUUGGUUACACUGGGUCUUUAAGAGAUUCAAAAUUUACUUUGGGUAAUAGCAAUAGGACAGAGGAAAUUCUUCCUAAGUCAAACUGGAUAGAUAAAGAAUUUCAGGCAUCAAAUAGACAAGAUGAAGGUUCUCUCAAGAGCUCAAGUGUCCCAAUAGUGACAAAUAGCACAUACUGGAGGUCAGAAUCUGAAGAUCUGUCAAAAGAGAGGUUGUAUCCUACAGGUCAAAAACCUAUUUCUACACAAAUUUCAAAUAUUGGUGACACUGCCAAAUUCACAAUAUCCUCUUGUCCAUCACCAACCCCUGUUUCAAGGACAGAUGAAGAACUUGAGUAUACAAUUCUACCACCCCCAGCAGAAUUCAUGAAUGAUAGAAACAGUCCAACCGUUCCUAAUAUGGACUCAAGGAACAUGCAGCAACAGGAAAGGCCUUCUAUGUAUGAUCGUAUAAGAGACAUGAAAUCAGAUUAUGUUACUCCAGGUUACGACCGAAGUUACGCAACAAAUAAUGCAAUGGUUUCCCAAACAACUACAAGCAGCAGGGACUAUAAUAAAUACUCGAGUGACAAUUAUAGCAUGGGAGUCUCUCGAGAUUCUCACAAAGGAUCUCUAAUUAAGAAAAGAUUGUACAUGCCUGAGCCUGAGAGCUCCAGAAACUAUGGAAUGAGUACUAGCACAUUAAGAUCUGGGACUCCCAUGUCUUAUAAUCAUAUGUAUUCUCAGCCCAGUUCCACUAUGUCUUUAGAUCAACGUCGUCUAAGUGCUACAUCAAGAUACCUUGCUCAGGGACGAAGAGUGUCAUCAGAGAAUUUAAAUAGAACAACUUUAACUGAUAUGAAAUAUAAAAAUCCAAAUCAGGAGUAUUCAGCUAACAGACCAUCAAUUAGGCCUCAGCAGACCAGCUACCCGGGCAUGACCUUCACCGUGAGACCGGGCACCAGGCAACCUAUUUCUAACUUGUAUCAAGGAGGCUACCUCUGAAUAUUUUAACACCUCUUCCUGCUGCCAUCUUGACUGUGAAAGACACAUAAUUAUUUUCAAAUUAAAGUGCCUUUUAUGAACUUAAUACAUUGGUUUCUCAAAUUAAAAAUUAUUCAAGAGUCCCAUCUCUUUAUUUAAAAAGAAACAAAAACAACAACAACAAAACUCUACAAAUGUAAUGGCACUGUCUUGUUUUCAUGCUAUAAACAAUGCCCAUAUAUCCUUUGUAUCCUUGACGACGGGAGUUUUCAAUAUUAUUAGCUUGGUUCAUAAUAAAUGGCUGCUGUUGUAUUUUGUUUAUUUACACCACCCACAUACUGAUGCUUUGUAUAAACCAGUUCAGCAUUCUUUCCCAAUAUUGUUUUAUUUUUAUUUUUUAAACCUAAAUUUUUGUUGCUGCUAAUUUCCGUUGUGCAUAUUUGGUGUUGUUGCCUGUGUAUGGAGAAGCUGUAAAUUUGAUAUUCUGUUUCUGCAAAUGUGAUAUAAUAAUGUUUUCAUUUGCAGUUUUUUAAGCUAUGUACAUAAAUAAGUAUUCAUUAUUAUUCCACAUGUAUUGCUAUUCUCUUUCUCCUUUUUUGUGUUUUUUGUCAUUUUAAUCAGUAAUGCUGUUUAUGUUUAUAUAAUGGUUAAAACUAAAAUAAUAUAAAUAUAUAAAUAUGUAAUAAAAUGGACUGUUGUAUAAAAAAAUGUUUAAUGUAUAUAGAAUGGAGUUUCCAUGUUAUGUAAAUUUCCAUAGAAAGCACUUUUAAAUAUGUUCAUUUUAUAUGUAUAUUUGUGCAUAUGGUACUUUUUGAUGUGCCUGUCUACAUAGUGUUGUAAGGGCCAAUAUAUUUUCUUAUUUUUGCUUUUAGUAACAAUACAUAUGGCUUUUGCUCUUGCUUUGUUCUCUCCAUAAUUUUAAAACAAUAAAAUAUUUUAUGCAAUAUGCACAA